ACGGGAUCCAAACAGUCUGGUGAAGCCCUCAACUUCACAAACAGAAGUAGAUACUGGUGAAUCAGUGAAGGAAAAGUCCACAGUGAAGUCCACAGCCACAAGACAUUUAUUUUUGAUUCGACAUGGACAAUAUAAUAUAUCUGCAGAAUUGGAUGAAGACAGGAAGCUGACUGAGCUUGGUAAAACACAAGCUGAUAAAGCUGGUAAUAGAUUGAGGGAACUUGGCUACCCCUAUGACGCAAUAAUAAUAUCUACAAUGCAACGAGCGCAGGAAACUGGUGCACUGAUUAAAUCGUAUUUACCACAAGUACCUUGUAAAAACUGUGAUAUGAUCCGUGAAGGAGCACCUAUACCACCAGAACCACCAGUUGGACAUUGGAAACCAGAGGUUAAGCAGUUUUAUGAAGAAGGAUCUCGUAUUGAAGCUGCAUUUAGAAAAUACUUUCACCGAGCUGAGCCUGAGCAAAUUAAGGACAGUUUUGAAAUCCUAGUGUGCCAUGCUAACGUUAUUAGAUAUUUUGUAUGUCGAGCAUUACAAUUCCCUCCUGAAGCCUGGUUACGAAUUAGUCUCUACAAUGGCAGUAUAACUUGGGUAUCGAUCAGACCCAGUGGCCGAGUAUCACUGAGAUUUCUCGGUGACUCUGGACAUUUAAAACCAGAUGAACUGACAACCAAUUAGUAAAUAAAUCUGGAAAUCGAAACAGUUUAAAUUUUACUUUAAUAUUGCGAGUUGUCCAUACAAAUACUAUGCUGUGCCUAGUUGUCAUUGGAACUAUUUAAGAACUCAAUUUUCUGACAGGCAUAUAAUUAUUGCGGCCGUUGUUUUACAAGAUGAACUGUACUCAGGAAAAUUUCAAUGAUGCUAAUAUACACCCAGCAAUACCUCACAAGUGUUCACAAUAUUUUCUUCAGCAGUCAAAAGCUUAUUCUGUAUCACAGCUUUCUGAAAUAGUUGAGUGUUUAAAAACCUGCUGGUAUGUAGAAAAUAAGUCUUGCUUGCCAUUUUUUGUUCUAAAUUAUUCGUCUAUGCAUAUUACUGGUAUAUAUGCUUAUACUAAUGAAUAUUCUUAAACUGAUCAACCAAAACUGAUACUCUGUCAAGUCAGUAAUUGUAUUGUGUGUAAUUUACUGUCUAUUACCAGUGACAUAUUUGGUAUAGAACCAUUCAUGUAAUUUUUUUCAAUGACUUGACCAAAGAAUUCUUAUUAAAAUCUCAUUUUCUUU